AAACCCCCUUCCCUCUAUCUUUCCCACCUUUUAUCUUCCUUCUCAUUCUACACCCAUUCUAUCCCUUGCCUCAAAAUAUCAAAAAGAAAAAAAAACUCUCAUUAUUUGAAAUUAAGACAACAAAUCCAAUGCCAUUGAUCACUGUCUGAUGAUACUACUCCCAAAUUUCCAAAUAUGGACGGUCUUACACUAACCACCGUCACUGCCACCAGCACCGCCGCAGUCACUAAAUCAAUAUUUCCUUCAGUAUCAGUUACAUUCAAAAAAAGCUUCAUAAAAACCAGUAGAAGAAGAGAAUUGUGGGUUGCUAGAAAAACUAAGUUUAUUGUUUUUGCAGCUAAAGAAGAUGAGUCUAAGCUUGAGCCACACGACCAAAUGGAGCUUAAUUUUGGCCGUAUGCUUGGUGAAGACCCAAAACUUACUCUUGCUAAGAUUAUGGCUAGAAAGGCCAACCCGGAUGUGUCAUUUCUCGAAGUUGAGAAGUCAUUUUACAAAAACAAGGGUAAAAUAGUGGAAAUUAAGGAGCUUCCUUUUGAUGUCUCUGACAAUAAGAAACCGUCGAAUUCAUUAGAAGGCAUAGCCGAACAGCCAGCGUCAAAUUCAUUAGAAGGAAUAGUAAAAAAGCCAGCAUCGAAUUCAUUGGAAGGUUUAAAUUUGGUUAGGCCUGUUCCUAAAGGAGGAGUUAGAUUUCAAGUAGAUGAGAAGCCAGUGUCACAGGAGAUAAAGAGGCCAAGCAAACCAGUUGGAAGAGACGUAGAUAAUACUAAACGUACUGUUCCUAAUGUUAUCUUGCGAAAACCAGCUUUGUUUGUCGAGGAUGAUGAGGAAUAUAAGCCAUCUUCAAAGUCGAAAGUGAGGAUUAUGCCAAAUUUGACAUUGAAAAUGCUAAAUGAUCAAGACAAGAAGAACUUUAGUGAUAUGACUUUGUUGAGAAAGCCGGAACCAAUGAGUGCCGAAGAAAAGCAAGAACCUUUGGGUAAUGCAGAGAUCAAGGUUAGCAAUGAUGCAACUGGAUUGAGAACAGGGAAAGAAGAGGAUGAGAACAAAUACAGUGGUUUUACAUUAGUAAAGAAGCCUGAAAUUGCAAAGAGUGGUCUUGAUGAAUCUUCAGAAACUUGGGGCAGCUCAGUUUCGAAGGACCAAGAGCCGGAAGAUGACUCCAGACUAGGAUUGCAGCCGCUUGAGAAAAUAAAUGGGCCUGAAAAAGAACAUUCUGAUGAUGUAUUGGCUGAUUCCACAACUAAAUUCUCAAUUGAUGCUACAUUGCAAGGAAAACCAGAGAGAUUAGAUCAAUCUGUGAUGAAAAUGCCAAAAUUAGUCAAAGAAGAGACAUCUCUCUUGAAUCCUGAAAGUAAUGAAAAUGCUGAGGAGCUUUAUAGUCUCCCUCCUAUAUCACCAGCAGAGGAUGGUGACUGGUCCAGGGCAGAAGAUCUUCUCAAGACGGGAAAUAGGGGUGAAGUGGAGCUGGUUAGCGCCAGCACAAGAGGCUUUGUAGUAUCUUUUGGCUCAUUGGUAGGAUUUCUGCCAUACCGUAAUCUUGUGACAAAAUGGAAGUUCCUAGCAUUUGAGUCUUGGUUGAAACAGAAAGGGUUGGACCCAUCAAUGUAUAAGCAAAGUUUAGGAAUUAUUGGAAGUUAUGGUGUCUUGAACAGGAACUUAUCUUUUGAUUCAAGUUUGACUCAAGAAGUUUCUAAAAAUGUUGGAGAAGUUAAAUCAGAUAUGAAGUUGGAAGAUCUUCUCAAGAUUUAUGACCAAGAGAAACUCAAAUUCUUGACCUCGUUUGUUGGCCAGAAAACUAAGGUGAACGUGGUAGCGAUUGACAGAACAUUGCGGAAACUAACAGUUUCUUUGAGGCCCAAAGAGAAGGAAGAGUUAAUUGAGAGAAAACGAAGUCUCAUGGCGAAACUUCAAGUUGGUGAUGUUGUAAAAUGCUGCAUCAAGAAAAUAACAUACUUUGGAAUUUUUGUUGAGGUUGAAGGUGUGGCCGCGUUAAUUCACCAAACGGAGGUGUCAUGGGAUGCAACCUUAGACCCUGCAUCAUAUUUUAAAGUUGGUCAGAUUGUGGAGGCAAAAGUUCAUCAAUUGGAUUUCACACUGGAACGAAUUUUCUUAUCACUAAAAGAGAUUACGCCUGAUCCACUGACCGAGGCAUUGGAGUCUGUGGUUGGGGAUCAUGAUUCCUUGGAAGGGAGAUUACAAGUAGCAGAGGCAGAUUCCGAGUGGGCUGAUGUGGAAUCACUUAUCAAAGAACUGCAACAAGUUGAAGGAAUCCAGUCCGUCUCUAAAGGUCGAUUCUUCCUGAGUCCCGGUUUAGCUCCAACUUUUCAGGUUUAUAUGGCAUCCAUGUUUGAGAAUCAGUAUAAGUUACUUGCUCGAUCCGAAAACAAAGUACAAGAGGUGAUAGUUGAAGCAUCACUGGAUAAAGAAGAAAUGAAAUCUACAAUUUUAUCAUGCACUAGCAGAGUAGAAUAGUUGCUUGCUGGCUCGUAAACUUCGAUCUGCAGUAGCCGUUCUCGAUAUACCAGGUUUCACUCGGAAGCAGAAAAGAUUAAAUGCAGGAUCAUAGUUUCGUCGCGUUCUUCAUUCUUGACGGAUUAGAGAUGCUUCUCGGGGUGUAAUCAAACGGACCUAUCGAUACAAGAGUAGAUCAAUUUACAGGUUAUAUUGAUUUUGCACACUGUAGGACUGAAUUUUCAGUUUAUGUUGUAUCAUAUACUUCAGAAACCCUAUUCAAUUUGCAGCAGUAAAAUUAAUGGAGUGAGUGAGAUUCAAUUUUUUUUGAA